UGACCUAGCCUGCAUACGUCUUUCGAUUCGAGCUGUUUGCUUCGCUGCCUUCUCCUUUAAUCACGUUUCUCUGGCUUAAGAUUGCCCUAAAAAGCUUGCAAUGACGACGGGAGUUUCAAACCCAACCAACCCUAUUGUUUUCUUUGACAUAACGAUAGGAGGGCAGGAUGUAGGCCGAAUGAAGAUGGAAUUAUUUGCUGAUAUAGUACCAAGAACAGCAGAAAACUUCAGACAACUUUGUACAGGAGAAUUUAAGAAAAAUGGCAUGCCGACAGGAUACAAAGGAGCCACGUUUCACAGAGUCAUCAAAGAUUUCAUGAUCCAAGGAGGGGAUUUUAUUAAGGGGGAUGGCUCAGGUUCUCUCAGCAUCUACGGAGCUAACUUCGUGGAUGAAAACUUCAAAUUAAAGCAUGAUGCACCAGGAUUACUAUCAAUGGCUAACUCUGGACCAGGUACCAACGGUUGUCAAUUCUUUGUGACGUGCGCGAAGUGUGAUUUCUUAGACGGCAAGCACGUCGUCUUUGGCAAGGUGAUCGAUGGACUUCUUGUCAUGAGAAAAAUUGAGAACGUACCCACUGGAGCUAAUAACAGACCCAAGAUACCCGUCCUGAUUUCGCAGUGUGGAGAAAUGUGAUGACGAUCCACUACUCAUUGCAAAGACUAUCAUUUGACUGACGAUGCUGGUCCAACAUAUCAGGAACUGGGGAGUGUUUCAUUAAAAACACUUGUUGGAUCUGACAACUUUCCUUGAUUUUAAUUGGCCAAGAAGCACUGUUCCUAUGGAGACAAGUGUGACACGUCCUUUCAUGCAAUGCUCCCCAGGUUAGCAUCUUGUAUACUCAAUGCUUUGUGAACAGUGGCAUAGCUGGCAAGUGAUGUGGAUCAGGCCCAGUGGCUUCAUCGCAUACUCCUAGUCAAAGAACGUCAACAUCGAAAGUGUUUCUGAAGUCAUUGUCUCAGAGAGUAGUGUCUCCAAGGAUACGAUGAUCAUAUCUGCGAUGUCACUUUCUCCGAUGUCAGGAUGCCCAAUAUUGUUGACUUCAUGUCUUUGUUUCCAACACUAUUUUCUAGACUGUGGACUUUGGCAUCUGAUUGGUCAUAUAUUUACUUAUCGACCCAUUCUAGGGCCGGUAUUCAAUUUCCUACACUAAUACACUGAGCUCUGCAGAAUUACUAGUAUAUUAAAUAGCAAGUAGUGAAUUAAAGGGAUACUCCGGGCUUAAGAAAUAUGUCAAUAAAUAGAGUAAAAUUACCAAAGUAAAAUGCUGAGAAUUAGAUCAAAAUCGGAUAUCAAAUAACAAAGUUAUUAAAUUUCAAAGAUUGGCAUUAUUCUGGUGAAA